UACCAUCCUCUAACUUAAGUACUGGUAGAAAGGAUUUUAAAAAAUGGCUCUUAGGCCAAUUGGCUGGAUAUCUGGGGAGAUUGUCAGGAAAUUUGCUGGACAAGCUGGGGUUAUACAGAGAGCCAUCUUGGAAAUUAUAGAUGAGAUUAGGGACGAAUUUCCAAAUCUAUUGAGGCUGACACGUUCAAACCAGGAGACAGAUCGCAGGGUGCAGAAAUCUGAAUCAGUUAUCACCAGGGCAUUCUAUUCAGCUCAUGGAGCAAUCAUUAUGAAUGGGCUAACUACACUAUCACGGUCUUCAAACUCAAUUGCAAAAGUCUUACAGCCACAGCUUGCUAGAAAAUUAACAGAGCUAAAUAUCUUAUCACGACGCCUUUUGAUAACAUCAAAUACUCCCAAACAGCCUUUGUAUAGGAUGAAAGACAAGAAAGUCUUCUUUUAUGAUAUCAUUUCCUACCCAGCAAAGGCUGCCCUUACCAGCUUAAUGUGUGCUUCUUAUGCAGCACUAAUUUUUCUGGCAGUCUCCAUUAACAAAUUGCUGGCAAAAAUAAAAGGCAUCAUUCAAACAGAAGACACUUCUAGGGAAAGCAGCAGUGAAGAUGUGGAUGAAAAUGGAUUGUCCAAAGCCCCUGAAGCAACUUCCCCACUUCCACAAGACUCUUCAAUAUUUCCUAUUAAAGCACCACAAAAUAGUGGAAGCAUCCAUACUCUGCUUGCAGCAAUGGAUCAAGAAAGCGAACAAUAACGGUUCUUUUUACAUAAAAAUAGGCCCAGCUUUGACUUUUCAGCCUACAUCCACAUUGUUUUAUUAAAUACACAAAUAUAUGAACAUGAUUCUCAUUUUCCAUUCAAGAAAUGCCAAGUUUUUAUAUGCUUUGAAGCUACACAAAGCAUACGGAAGAUACAUUUUGCAAAGGCAGAACUCCAAAUGAAGCAUCUUUUUCCAAGCUGAUAAUAAAGCCAAUGCAACUUU